CAGCUGCCCCCGUCAUCACGGGACUUUGUCUAGGCAGGAAAAUGAUCUAGUGUCCAGGGCUGCAACGCUUGCAGGCCCUGGUUAGGGAGAGAAGCAGAGCACAGAGAUGUCAUCUCCCAGCAUCUACAGGAUGACCUGAGAGAAUGACCAGUCCAAAAUUGAGAGAGGAGAUGGAGGAGUUUUUAUUCUCCAAUGGCUACCAGCUGGGCAAGACCAUUGGGGAGGGGACCUACUCAAAAGUGAAAGAGGCCUUCUCAAAAAAGCACCAGCAGAAAGUGGCAGUUAAAAUUAUUGAUAAGAUGGGGGGCCCAGAAGAAUUUAUCCAGAGAUUCCUGCCUCGAGAGCUCCAGAUCGUCAGGCGCUUGGAUCACAAGAACAUCAUCCGGGUGUACGAGAUGCUGGAGUCUGCCGAUGGGAAAAUCUACUUGGUGAUGGAGCUGGCAGAAGACGGGGACGUUUUUGACUGCGUUCUGCAGGGAGGUCCUUUGCCCGAGAGCCGCGCCAAGGUGCUCUUCCGCCAGCUGGUAGACGCGAUCCGCUACUGCCACAGUUGUGGCGUGGCACACCGGGACCUAAAGUGUGAGAACGCCUUGCUGCAAGGCUUUAACUUGAAGCUGACUGACUUUGGAUUCGCAAAGUUGCUCCCAAAGAAUCGUAAGGAGCUGAGUCAAACGUUCUGCGGCAGCACUGCCUAUGCUGCACCCGAGGUGCUCCAGGGCGUGCCCCACGACAGCCGGAAAGGGGACAUCUGGAGCAUGGGCGUUAUUCUGUACGUUAUGCUGUGCGCUAGCCUCCCCUUUGACGACACCGACAUCCCCAAGAUGCUGUGCCACCAGCAGAAAGGGGUCUCCAUUCCUGGGCACCUGGAGAUCUCAGACGAAUGCCAGGAUCUCCUGAAAAGCCUCUUGGAACCAGACAUGAUCUUGAGACCUUCCAUUGAAGAAGUUGGUUGGCACUCAUGGCUGGCAAACUCCUGAUAAAGACCAUGUCACGCUCUCCCCAAAUAAAGGGGACAGAUUGCUUCCAAAA